AAAGACAUCAAAUCCCUUAAGCACCCACCAGCUCUGCGCCCACUAGAGGGCGCAUGCGCAGAACGGGGGCGGACGGGCAGCCAUCCAGGGAUCGUAGGUAUCUGAACAGGGGGUAACUGUCUCGGAAAGGCCUGGCUCCGUCGCCAGGUGAGGAGAUCCCUGAUAGCAGCUAUAUAGGACUAGCCUCACCAAAGACAAACACGAGAAGCUGUUUGGUCUCCCGCGCGUUUCCGUUUCAAAAUUGAACUUCCGGUUCGUUAGCCGGUUCCGGUCCGUCUUUCACUUCCGGUCACCCUCUGUUCCGCCGCGGCCGGUUCUUGCGUCCACUGCUGCCGGUUCCGCCGCGCUCCAGUUUUUGAAUCCCUAUGAUGAAGACAAUAGUUGUUCAGGAUUGUGAAGAUUAAGAAUCUUUUUCUGAGUAAAAGCUGCUUGAUCGUAUGUUUCAAGGAUGGCUCUCCCUAUCAUUGUAAAAUGGGGUGGACAGGAAUAUUCAGUGACCACACUUUCAGAAGAUGAUACUGUGCUAGAUCUCAAGCAAUUUCUUAAGACCCUUACAGGAGUGCUACCAGAACGCCAAAAGUUACUUGGACUCAAAGUUAAAGGCAAACCUGCAGAAAAUGAUGUUAAGCUUGGAGCUCUCAAACUGAAACCAAAUACUAAAAUCAUGAUGAUGGGAACUCGUGAGGAGAGCUUGGAAGAUGUCUUAGGUCCACCUCCAGACAAUGAUGAUGUUGUCAACGACUUUGAUAUUGAAGAUGAAGUAGUUGAAGUAGAAAAUAGGGAAGAAAACCUAUUGAAAAUUUCCCGCAGAGUGAAGGAGUACAAAGUGGAGAUUUUGAAUCCUCCCAGGGAAGGGAAAAAGCUUUUGGUACUAGAUGUUGAUUAUACGUUAUUUGACCAUAGGUCUUGUGCAGAGACUGGAGUAGAAUUAAUGCGGCCAUAUCUUCACGAAUUCCUCACAUCUGCAUAUGAGGAUUAUGACAUUGUUAUUUGGUCUGCAACAAAUAUGAAGUGGAUUGAAGCUAAAAUGAAAGAGCUGGGAGUGAGCACAAAUGCAAAUUAUAAGAUUACCUUCAUGUUGGACAGUGCUGCUAUGAUAACAGUACAUACUCCAAGGAGAGGAUUAAUAGAUGUAAAGCCUCUUGGUGUUAUAUGGGGAAAGUUUUCGGAGUUUUACAGCAAAAAAAACACCAUUAUGUUUGAUGACAUUGGAAGAAAUUUUCUAAUGAACCCACAGAAUGGAUUAAAGAUAAGGCCUUUUAUGAAAGCGCACCUAAAUCGAGAUAAAGACAAGGAACUUUUAAAAUUAACUCAGUACCUCAAGGAAAUAGCAAAAUUAGAUGACUUUUUGGACCUAAAUCACAAAUAUUGGGAAAGGUAUCUGUCAAAGAAGCAAGGACAGUAGUUACCAGUUACAUGAGCAGUUACCGAGGAUACUUGAGAUCACGAACUUCUUGCUUUUCUGCUAGAAAUCAUUAUGAUAGUGCUGGACACUGCAGCGAAUAUCAGACUGCUUAUACUUGGUCUUCCAGUUUUUUUGUAAAUUUAAUUUUAUAUUUUUUGAAGAUCAUAGCAAUACGCUUAAAAAAUCCUUUUCCCCCUAUAUGAAUAUACUGUUACUCUUGAAAAAUAUUUUCUCCAGCAUUGAGUACUGAGUUUUUUUCCCCCCACACACAAAAAAGUGGACAAAAAUAUAUACUCAACAGUGUCAUUUUGUGGCUUUGGAAACAAGUUAUGUUUUGCGUUUUUGUCUCAUUGUGCUGUUGUCUAACUAAGUCUAAGGCCAAACCCAUGUUGAAGCUACUGCUUUUCCCUUUAAAACCAAAAAAAAAAAAAAAAGUUUUUGCGUAAGGAACCUAGUUUGGUAUGCUUAAAAUCACUGAGAGUUUUUUUUUAUUCCUUUGUUGUAGACACGAUUUCUCUUCUUACUGUGCACUAUUUACAUCUCUACACUUUGAUCUGUCUCAGUUUGGUCUAUAUGUAUGUCUGUGUUCUUUGAGUAAAACUGGAAAACAUCAGCUGUGAUACAAGUAUGUCUCAUAGUAUGAGAAAUAGAAAACAUAAGACUGAAGAAUAAAACUAAGGAACAAAAGUGUCUUUUUGGUGGCUAAGUAGAAGCACUUCUGCCUAAAACCAUUGUCAUAAAAGCAAUUAAAGGCAAUACGUUUUUAAGUGGGACGUAUCACUGGUUCAGCCCUAAAAAGCAUGAACAAAAAGUUUUUGUUCUGUUCCAGCUGUAUAUUGUCUAAGUGCAAACACUGUGUUUCAGUGAAAAUAUUUAGCCAUAAGAUUAAAAAAAAAAUUAUUUGCAAUGCCUAAGCCCGCAGAUAUGUAAUGUGACCACUGUUUGUGUUGACAGUAUUGCUUUAUACAGAUCUUGUAUUUGAAAGGAAUCCAGUCCUUUCAAAUAAACAUGGUGUAUAUUGUUCUUACGGGACUAUUUCAGUGGUGUAAAUAAUAAAUACUUUUUCUUAAAACAUUGGUUUUGGUCUGUACUACCCCAAAUAUUUUGCCUCUUUGUGGAAUCACAAAACGAAACAACCAUUAGGUUCAGGCAACGGCCUCUUGAAAAACACUAAACAUGUAUGGUUUAAAAGUGUGUAUAUCACUAUUGCAUUCAGAAUUGGUUUUAGCAGCUAAUUAGAUAUGUUAAAUCACUUAAUUCUACAAAGUACCAUGUUUUCAGGAAGAUAAGCUGUUUUCUUUGUGACAGGUUAUUAUAAAGAUAUAUGGUGUGGAAGUGUUAGAGAACUCUUAAAUAAUUAAAAUGAUUCAAUUAAAAACAUCUUUCUAAAUUAUGAGGCUAAAUUUAAAUAAGGAUGGAGUAGCAGUUUUUGGAAUAUUCAUUUCACUGGGGCAUUUUCCCCUUGUAAGAGGUGGUUUAUUGUUCCAAAGUAGGCAUGGAAAGGGCUUAAUCUUUUUAAGAAAACUGAACACUUAAAACUGUUUAGUUCAAUAAAGAAGAGACA